AUGACUGGGGUACAGGGGGCGGAGCUUUGGAGGACCCCGCCCCUUGGCCGACCUCCUGGGCUCCAGGGCGCACGCGCAGGGCUGGAGCUGGCGCGGCCAGCCCCUCCCCCAACCCCGCCGCGGGAGGGGAACCGGCAGCCGCGGCUGCUCGGGCUCGCGGGGUCUGUCGUCGUCAUGUGGGAUGAGAUGACCCUGACCUUCUCCCGCACGUCCAUGUUCCCCUUUUUUGACAUCGCCCACUACCUGGUGUCGGUGAUGGCGCUGAAGCAGCGGCCAGGGUCAUCGGCAGUGGCAUGGAAUAAUCCCCUGUCCAGCUGGUUGAGUGCUAUGCUCCAUUGCUUUGGUGGGGGAAUUUUGUCCUGUAUACUGCUUGCAGAGCCUCCGUUGAAGUUUCUUACAAACCACACUAACAUUUUACUGGCUUCUUCAAUCUGGUAUAUUGUAUUUUUUUGCCCACGUGACCUAGUUUCCCAGGGCUAUUCAUAUCUACCUAUUCAACUCCUGGCUGCGGGAAUGAAGGAGGUGACCAGAACUUGGAAAAUCGUAGGUGGAGUCACACAUGCUAAUAGCUAUUACAGAAAUGGCUGGAUAGUCAUGAUAGCUGUUGGAUGGGCCCGAGGGGCAGGUGGUGUUAUUGUCACAUCUUGUGAAGAGUUUCUAAAAGGAGAUUGGAAACCAGAAGGUGAUGAGUGGCUGAAGUUGUCCUUCCCUGCCAAGGUGACACUGCUGGGGUCAAUCAUCUUCACUUUACAGCACACCAAUCAUCUGGCGAUGUCAAAGCAUGAUCUCAUGUUUCUUUAUACCAUGUUUCUCGUGACCAUAAAGAUAACCAUGAUGAUAACAAAGGAUUCCACGGUGACCCUUGCUCCCUUUGAGGAUACCUUGAGCCGGAUGCUGUUUGGUUGGCAGCAGCAGUUUUCAUUGAGUGAGAAGAAACCGGAAGAGAAACCAUCUUCCAAUGGCACUGCCUCAUCAGUGUCUAAGCCCACCAUAGAGGAUACGGACACUGCUAAGAGGCAUGCCAAGAAAGAAGACUGACCAUUUUACCUAUGCUUGGGAGGCAAAAAGGGAGAGUUACUUUCCUAGUAGAGUGUGGUGGUAUUUCUAUGUAAAUGAUGUGAAAUAAGCUUAUCUGUAAGGAUAGAG